AUAUCAUUAUAAAUAAAGUAUAUUAUCUUACAAAAACUACUUGUUUAUUAAAUAAGUCUACAUUUCUAUAACUGUUUAAACUCGUAUGUGCGGUUGCGUCAUACUGAGCUGGCCGAAACUGACAAAAAGUUGGAAAGAUGGACCUGCCAAACGAAUUCGACGUAAUUGUUCUUGGCACGGGAAUGCCAGAAAGCAUUGUAGCCGCUGCAUUUUCAAGAAUUGGCCAUAAAGUCUUGCAUUUAGACAAAAAUGAGCAUUAUAGUGGUGACUGGGCAUCAUUCAAUCUCAAAGGAAUUGAAGAAUGGGCUAAGCAACAUGAGGGUUCUGUAUCCUCCUAUGGUACCCUUGCCAAACCAGACAUAAAUGAAAAAGAUAUUCUAGAAGAUGGAGAAACACUCAUUGACAUGCCAUUGAAUACAACAAACUUUCAGCAAGCAUCUUUUGAAUAUUAUGUGGGUGAUCUCCAACCAGAAGAGUUGUCCGAGCCAGCAACGGCUGAACCUGACAGUGAUAAAGGAGAGGUCACAGCUGACAACACUGAAACGGAUUCUGUUGAUGAAAGUAGUAAAGAGAAUGCAGUUGAUGACAAAAGUGAUGGAGGUGCUAGUGAAGAAAAGCUGAAUGAAAACAAGGAAGCUGUGAAUGAAAUUACAAAAGAUAUUGGUGAACUGAAAACUGUAGAUGAAAGUGCACAAAAAGAUGAUAACAAGGCUGGUAAUAGUGAAAAAGACACAGUUAAGACUGAUGGCAAAAAACAGUGGACCAGAUCGACGAUAAAGGAUGAAUGGAGAAAAUUUAAUCUUGAUUUAUCACCAAAGGUGCUGUACUCAGUCGGGGAUAUGGUGGAGCUGCUUAUUCAAUCUGAUAUAGCCAAGUAUUGUGAGUUCAAGACUAUCACUCAAAUACUCACAGUUACACAAGGGAAAGUUGAAAAGGUUCCAUGUUCAAGAGCUGAUGUGUUCAGCAGCAAAUCAGUCAGUAUGUUGGAGAAAAGGAUGUUGAUGAAGUUUAUCCAGUUUUGUCUAGAGUAUGAAAACAAUGUGGAACAGCUUGGAGAUAUUCUGGAAAAGCCUUUCACCGAAUUCCUAACAUCCAGAAAGUUGACGCCCACUAUUAAGCACUAUGUUCAACAUUCCAUUGCCAUGGCAACUGACAGUAUGACAACAAGACAGGGUUUGACGCAGAUGAAGAAGUUCCUUCAGUCUCUUGGUCGCUACGGCAACACAGCCUUCCUGUGGUCACUGUAUGGAAGUGGAGAGCUGCCACAAAGUUUCUGCAGAAUGUGUGCCGUGUUUGGUGGUGUCUACUGUCUCCGAACUACAGCCGCCUCUCUCAUCAUGGGCAAGCAAAACAGCUGUACAGGUAUUGUGACUACAGACGGCCAGAAGAUCAAAUGCAAGUGGCUGAUUAUGCAAGCAAGCUACGCACCAGAGGCAUUCAACAAGGAAACCUUCCAAAAAACAUCGGCAAUUUCCAGAGGUAUCUUAUUAACAGACAAGCCGCUGUUAAUGCAAGAACAACAAGAGCUGUCCUUGAUGUGCUUACCCUGCCCUGAUGAUGGGGACCGGCCAAUAUUCCUGCUAGAGUUACCUUCCUCUAGUAUGUCAUCACCUCGUGGGUUAUAUGUAAACCACCUUACCAGACAAGGCAAGGAUGAUGUUUUACCAAAGGAUGACCUGGCAUAUGCUGUCAAUACUCUUUUUAACAGCGAUCCAGAAUCAACCGACCAAUCAAAACCAAGUGUUGUGUGGUCACUCUUCUUCAGCCAAUUUGACCAGUCUGUUAUCCAGGAUAGUGACCACUUGCCUAGCAACGUAGUGUUAAUGUCCGGGCCUGGAUCAGAACUGGACAUUGACCAAUGUGUAGGAGAGGCAAGGGCUGUUUUCCAGAAAAUUUUACCAGAUGAGGAGUUUCUGCCUAAAGCCCCGAACCCAGAAGACAUUAUAUAUGUAGAUGAUAAUGAGGCUCAGGUUGCUGAUGGCAACAGCCAAUCAGAAUUCCUGACCAGUGACAAAGACCAAUCAGAGGAAACACAAGUUUCUGAUGACAACAGCCAAUCGAAUGUCUUGAAAGAUGAGGAGGUUGGUAAUGAACAUGGCCAAUCAGAUGUCAAGAAAAACUCUACUGACCAAUUAGAAGAGUUGAAAGUCCCUGUGAUCAUACAAGACACUAGCCAAUCAGAAGUCAAGAAAGAUAGCAGUGACCAAAUGGAAGAGGCAAAUGUUGCAAGUGAUGACAGAUCAUGAGCACACGGAAAUGAAACUGCAUUCCUAGCCAAACCUUAAGGCUGGUUAACACCAAAUUACACUAAGACAGUAUUUUCUGACAUCCGCUGAUAAGCAUUGAAAAAUUUUGCCACCUGUGUGUGACCAUGAAAGGAAAAAUGGCUGAAUUUCAGUUAUACAAAUACUUUAAAAUUGAGUUAUAUCUCUGUGUUGUAAUUAUUUUUUAUUAAUUGAAAUAUUACACAAUUAAGACCCAACAAUGACAAAUAAGAUAAAGUUUAAAGAUUUUGAAAGUGGUCUAAUGAUUUGUACAUUGCAGUAACUAAAUUACUUCCAAGAGAAGUAAACACUUCAUGGAAACAUUCCAUUUUGCUCUAUUCUAAACAGUGAGUCAUUGUAAAAGCUAUAAAUGUGUAAUAGCUUUUAACCUUUUGAAAAUAUCGAUAACGAUAUAAGAUUUAAUCAUCAAAAUUAAGCCUUUGUACUGUGUUGUCACUAUGUGUUCAUAGAUAUUGUUGAAAAAUUUAUUUAUAUAUUCAUACAGUCAAAACUAGAAGUCAUUGGGACCAUGGAGAAAACUUCGAGAUAAUGAACAUUGAUUUGAUAUCUGAAAUCAAAGUGUAUAACUAAACCGCAUAAUUGACAGAAGUUCAACAAAGCCAGAACAUCAAAAUAACCGAGUUCCACAUAGCUAGUUUUAACUGUAUAAUUUUAUGUGACGCAUAAUGUUAAUGUCAGAAUUAUGUAUUGUGGACUAAGGGAGACAAUGCAUAUGCUUUUCCAAGAGAUGUUUUGUUUGGGUUGUCUCAUUUGUGUUUUUAUGGGAUACUAAAACUGGUUGUUUUAUUUUGAUAAAGUGUUCAGUGAUGUAUAAGUUUUAUUGUUAUUUACUUAUCAUUUAUUUCAAGUGAUGUAUACAUUCACUGGUUGGCUUAAGUGAUAAUUAUGUUAUUAUUUAUUUGUGUUUGCUUUGUGUUCUUAUUAAAAAGUGUAUUUAAUUCAUUGUGCAAUACAUGUAUUAA